GCAUUUAAAAUGCUAAAGGAUGAUCCAGAAUUAGCUGUGGCUCGUGACGAAAAUUCUGAGACUGCCUUACAUGUUUUGGCCCGAAAACCUUCAAUAUGUUCCAGCAAAAAUCAAGUCUCAGGAUUAAUGAAGUUGAAUCACAAGAAGGAUUUCGAAUCAACUCAAGCUCUUCAAUUAGUCAGAUGCCUUUGGGAUGAAAUGUUAAAACAAGAUGACUCAGAGCUAGUGAAACUAACACAAACACCUUCACAAAUCAUUUUUGAGGCAGCAAAAUUCGGAAAUUCCCAAUUUUUGUUUGAGCUCAUUUGUCGUUAUCCUGAUUUGAUAUAUCAAUUUGAUGAAAAUGGUUAUAGUAUAUUUCACAUUGCAGUUUUACACCGUCAUGCCAAUGUAUUCAAUCUGAUAUAUGAGAUAGGUUUAACUAAGGAGUUGUUCAUGACUUGUGAAGAUAAGGAUCAGCAGAACAAUAUGUUGCAUUUGGCUGCAAAAUUACCACAUCUAAGUCGAAUUGGUAUCGUACCAGGUGCAGCUCUACAAAUGCAGCGAGAAUUAUUAUGGUUUAAGGAGAUCGAAAAAAUAGUGCUACCUUCCUUCCGAGAAAAGAAAAACUUAAAAGGCCAAACACCUCAAGAGUUGUUCACUCAAGAGCAUGGAGAGUUAUUGAAAAGUGGAGAACAAUGGAUGAAGAAUACCGCUAACUCAUGUAUACUUGUUGCAACAAUCAUUACCACUAUAAUUUUUGCAUCGGUGUUUAAUGUACCAGGUGGUAACGAUAGUAGUAAACGAUUACCUAUUCAUCUGAAAGAGACAUGGUUUCAGGUUUUUGUCAUAUAAGAUGCAAUCGCAUUGGCCUCCUCUUCUAUCUCAGUCCUAAUGUUUUUGUUGAUCCUUACAUCGCGGUAUACAGAAGACAAUUUUCUCGAGUCGUUACCAUUUAAAUUGAUGGUUGGACUCUCUACUCUCUUUGUAUCUAUAAUCACCAUGAUGAUAGCUUUUAGCAUGACCAUUUUAUUAGCUUAUCAUGAUAGAUUAAAUUGUGUCAUCAUGCUUACUACUAUAGUUGUGUCUACACUAGCCACUCUAUAUGUUCUAUUGCAGUAUCCUCUUCUUCUAAGAGAUGUAUUUUGUUCAACAUACUAUUCUAGGUUUUUGUUUGAGCCAAGUAAAUCCCCGUUCUGAUUUGCUUGAUGUUGAAAGUUUAUUGUAUUGUAUCGU